GUUAUGCGGUAGUUUGGGGAAUCCAAUACUUCGAUCCGUAUCUCUACAGACAAAAGUUUCGCCUUGUAAUGGAUCACGAGCCUCUGCUGGCGCUGAAGAAACUCACCAACUACACGGGCAUGAUUGGCCGCUGGGUGGUGCGACUACAAGAAUACGACUUCGAUAUCGUCAAUCGAAAAACAGAGCGACACGGCAACGCAGACGGGCUGACACGUCUCCAUCGACUUGCCAAGUCCGAUAUCCAUCCUCGUCUUUCCUACUGUCUAAAGCCCCUCGCUGUCCCCGAUAUCCAUCCUCCCCAUUGGGUCCUGUGGCGCGAAGACUUCAUCGAGCUUUCACUGUGUCUGGUGGAAGUACGGCUGACGUGGAUCGAGGACGAAGCGCACCCGCCUUGCAUAGAGUGCCUAAAGUUGCUGUUCAUCCAGGCCUGGCGAACCAACGUGGAGGGAGAGCUUCUCGCGUUUCUAUUCGGUACGGUGCGACCCGGUCACCAGGAUCUCAUCACGAAAGAGAUCACGAUCCCGGUAGCACAAUUGGAAGACGAUCUCCCUCUCGACAUCAUCUCGCAAGACGACGAGCAUCCAGUUCCCCACGUGCUUUCUCGCACAUUGACGCCUUAUCUUCAGUGGUCGGCUUGCGUAGAAGGAACCGCAGAGCGCAUCCCGCCGUCGCAGCAACAAUACCUGGAUCCCCGGACGGCUCGCGAUCCUGCCUUCUUCAGGCAUCCUACGGCGGAGCAGCUUGCGGCCAUUCGAGAAGAAGAGGAGGAGGAAGAGAGUAUCAGGAGUGACGAAGAUGACGACGGACUGGAAGAAGGCGAGAACCGCGACGAAGAGCUCGGGGAAGAAGACGAAACCCCCGAGGAAGGAAGCUAUAGCGAGCAUGGCGAGGGGGAACAGAGCGAAGAAGAAGAAGAAAGCGAGAAAGGAGAAGAGGAGCACGACGAAGAGCCUGCUGGAUCGGAGUCGGAAGUCGUGCCAGAAGAAGCGCUACGUACGGGUACGGAGGCUGAGGAUCCCAAGGCAGCCCGCAAAAGAGAAGAGAUUACGACCGGGAAGAAGGAGUUGGAAUUCGCAAGCGCGGCGAGUCUGCGCACUCACGACGACCUAAGCCGGGAUCCGGAGCCCCCCCGGCCUGAAGAUGGCGACCUCGCGGCCACGACUCCGACCCCGUCAGCGCUGCGACGAAGCCGAUCCCCCUCCUCCGCAACCCGUCCCCCAGUUCGCCGACGUAUCGAUACGGGCAAUCGGUCUUCGUCCCCAAUCACUCUCUCGCCGUCCCCUUGACUACCUCACCCUCCGCCAGCUCACCACCCCCAUCACGUUCCCCUCCAAUC